UUUUUCCCCAACCCCAUUUCAAUGGGUCCUUUCCACUCCCUCUCCCACUUUCUAUUAACACCCCUCUUUCCUUCUCUACCUCUAUUUAACUAAUUCUACAAUCUGUUAUUACUUUUGCUUGCAUCUCUCUGUGUUCAAUCUUCAAAGACUUGAAUUCUUCUUACUUAGGUUCUGAAUGGCUGGAAUUUGCUGUGGUGUUGUCGGAGAAGGUGACACUCCGGCUCCACUCGAGCCAACUACUCGCCCCUCCAGGCGCCGGAGUUUGGACAUCUUACCCUUAAAAUACAUCGCUGACAUGGCGGUGCCGCCGUCGGAUGGUUCACGGAAACGUCCCAAGCUGGAUCUCAGGGACCGCGAUAACGUAGUUCAAAAUUGCGACGAAUCCACUGGACACAAGGUGGUGAAAAAAGAAGCCAAAGUGGAAAUCCACGACAAUGUUUCCGAAACGAAAAACGUAACUGUUGCGGAUGCUUCGGAAGUUGAAGAUUCUCCUAAGUUCGGCGUGACGUCAGUUUGCGGCAGGAGAAGAGACAUGGAAGAUUCCGUUUCGGUGCGGCCUUCCUUCACCCAAGGCUUCCACUACUUUGGCGUUUUCGACGGUCACGGUUGCUCUCAUGUCGCGACUAUGUGCAAGGAGCGGUUACACGAGAUCGUGAAUGAAGAGAUUGACAGCGCGCGCGAGAAUUUGGAGUGGAAGCUGACGAUGGAGAACGGAUUCGCUCGCAUGGACGACGAGGUUAAUCGCAGGAGCCAGAGCAACCAGACCUUCACCUGCAGGUGCGAGCUCCAGACUCCCCACUGCGACGCCGUCGGAUCCACCGCCGUCGUCGCCAUCGUCACGCCGGACAAACUCGUCGUUUCCAACUGCGGCGACUCCCGCGCCGUCCUCUGCCGGAAAGGCGUAGCCAUCCCUCUCUCCUCCGAUCACAAGCCGGAUCGACCCGACGAACUGCUCCGAGUCCAAUCCAAGGGAGGGCGCGUGAUUUACUGGGACGGUCCCAGAGUGCUUGGUGUGUUAGCCAUGUCUCGAGCCAUAGGUGACAAUUAUCUGAAGCCGUACGUGAUUUCUGAACCGGAGGUGACGGUGACGGAGCGGACGGAGGAGGACGAGUGUUUGAUACUGGCGAGUGAUGGGUUGUGGGAUGUGGUGUCGAAUGAAACCGCAUGUGGUGUGGUGAGGAUGUGCCUCAAGGCGCAGAAGCCGCCGUCGCCGCCGGGAUCUCCGGGGAGUGACGUGGCGGCGGACGGUUCCGACCGGGCUUGCUCCGAUGCGUCGAUUUUGUUAACCAAGUUAGCGUUGGCGAGGCAUAGUUCGGAUAAUGUGAGCGUGGUGGUGGUUGAUUUGAGGAGAGAUCAACGACAAUCAUCAAACUCCAAUUAAUUAACGUUGGCGAGAAACCAAACCAAAACCCUUUGUUUUCAGGACUUCGUUAAGAACGGGAAGACCAAAUCAGAGGGAGGAGGGGCUUGUGGCUUUUGCUUUAUCAAAUGUUGAUUGUAAUGUAAUGGGAUUUUAGGUUAAAAAAACAAAGGAGCAAGGAAAUUGUAACUUUGGAAAAUGAAAAAAAAAAAAAAAACAUAGGAAAAUUUUACUAUGGGGAAAAUUUGUGUCGACAAAGGAAUCAAUCGGCCGGUCGACGCCCCUUUUCUCUUUGUCCAUAAUCGAAUCUAUAAAUUGGAUUUUGCUUUGAUUCGUGUC